AUGGACCCCACUGCUGCGGAUCUGGAGGGCAUGAUUAAGCAUAGCUCCCUGGAGGAGAUGAAGCUUGGGCUGAAGAUGAGCAACAGGCCAAUGAGUGUGUCUCAGCCUUUCCGACUUUAUGGACAACUACGUAAUCCGCAUCCGUCCCUUCCGCACGAGCUGCGCUGCUCCCCCCUCCUCCCCGCCGUGAGACCAGCCCUCCACAGCCUCCCCAUCUUUCCCCCAACUUUGGCACCCAAGGUCCCAGUAUACCCGCCCCCUCCCUCGGAGCCAGUCCGGCACCCUGUGACGGUCGCGUUCAGGGCGUCCGCUCUCCACACUCUCCCGAGAUUCCCCACUGCGCACCGGCUGGGCAAUCGACGCAACUCCGCACUUACCCGCAGCGCCUCGAGCCAACCCCGAGCCAACCCCGAGCCCCCGGGGAGCCGGGAGACCAGCACUCCGAGCCCGGGCGCCCUUUGGACCCUCGGCGGAGUCGCGCCAGGCCCACCCGGGAGGCCCGGGUGCCACCAGUGCCCAGCGGGCAGCGCCUGCACCUGGGGACCCACGACUUGUCGCCAACUCCCGCCCCCACCAGCCGCUGCAACUGCCAGGCGGGAACCCGGAGUCCGGGGCGCCCCAGCCUCCCCGCCUCUCCGGCCGCCGGGGGUGGAGCCAGGGCUGGGAGCUCGGGAAACUUGUAAAUGGCAAAACUCGGCCCCCUCUGCCCCCCACGCCCGCCGCCGCCCCUUCCAGGCGGCCCCAGCCUGCGCCUCGCAGCUGGAGACAAAGGCCAGGCGGCAGCCAAGGGCGCUGCGCCCCAAGAAACUUGAAAGACGCGUGGGGCUGUACCUCGAGACACCGGCCCUGGAGGCUCCCGCCGCGCUCCGCUCCGCUCGGCUGGGCUCCGCUCCGCAGGUAGGCGGGCCUGGCCCGCCCGCCAGCUCCCUCCCUCCUCUCGCGCUCCCGGGUCCCAAUCCCGGAGCCGCGCGCGCUCCCGGGCUAAGUGCCGACCCGCCCCACGCCUGCGGCGUCUGUUCCUGGACGCGAUGCACCUGUUGCCACGCAAGACGCGGCGCCCCGGGCUGCUGCCUGCGCACCUGGUAGAAGCGCAGGUCGGAGACCACAGAGGCCCGAGACCCCACAGGUCCGAAACCACGCAGGUCCCCGCGGGCGACCGGGGCUCAGCCGUGCCCGGAGCUGGGGCCCCAAACCUGGCCUGCUGCCGAGUGGAUCUUGCCUCCUACUCCCCCUCUUGCCACCUGUGUUUUCCAUGCCAGCUCCCUGGCUUCCCGCUCGGCAUGGGGCAGGGCCGCGAGGGGAGGACAGGGUGGGGAUAGGGAGUGGGAAGGUGGCAGAAUUAUCUGGGUGGAGGUUUGCAAGGAACCAGCAGUGAUUGUCUCUUCAGAGUGUCUGACUCCCGCUCUGUACUAUCUUCGUGCUUUUAAGAGGUUUACCAGCAAACACCUAUUAAAGGUUAAAGCCAUGAGCUCCAGCUGUUAGAUCUUCGAAUAAAAAGUGGAAAGGAGGGCUUCCCUGGUGGCGCAGUGGUUGAGAGUCCGCCUGCCAAUGCAGGGGACACCGGGUUCGUGCCCUGGUCCGGGAAGAUCUCACAUGCCGCGGAGCGGCUGGGCCCGUGAGCCAUGGCCGCUGAGCCUGCGCGUCCGGAGCCUGUGCUCCGCAACGGGAGAGGCCACAACAGUGAGAGGCCCGCGCACCGCGAAAAAAAAAAAAAAAAUGGAAAGGAGACUAGAACACCAGGGGCAGAAACGAAGCCCGACCCACUUUUCUCU